GGAGUCAGCUCAGCCUCUGCCGGAGUUGUAUUGGAGAGUGUGAGCUCAGUGUGAUAGACUACUGUGCGUAAAAUAUACCUGUCAGACGCAGCAGCGGUGCCAUGGCAGCCAGAGCUCUGCGAGCAAAGUCCAUUCUUAUACACACGGAAUAAGUUCCUUUUAAGCGGAUGUCAUAUGUUGCGCUGCGAUGGCAGUUUUCCCAAAACUGAUGAUGUGAAGUAGAAGGUGCGUCCGUCCGUCUCCAUUGACUCAGUUGCGCCGAGGAACGAUGCUGAGCAAAGCUGCGGGAGGAUUUUCCACUACAGCAACCAGACUGGCACAUCUUUUUUGGACUUCAUCCUGUGAUCCGCUAAACGUUUGAACCUGUCGUCAUGGAGAGCCUCAGUGAGCUCCAGAACCCCCUGCUCGACAAAACCAGCAGACAAGUGGUGCACAGCGAUUAUCAAGGUUACCAGUGCGACUACCCGAGCCAGCCUUACCAGGACAGCCUCAUUGGCUACUACUACACUGGGACUAAUGGCAAGCAUAAGACUCAACAGUUCCUGGACGCCACAUCUCUGCAUCUGGCUGUGGAGGCCUUCUACAGGCCCAACUUUAUCCUGUACAAGGACGACGUGAGCCUUCACAGCAAGGACUCCAAGAGCGAGAGCUUUGAGACCACGUUCACAGAGAGUAAGGACGCUGUGUCGGAUGGAGUUUCAACAGAAAACGCUCUGGAUAGCAUACAAGGAGAGAAGGAUGCGAAGAUCCAGACGGUGUCGUACGAGGUGGAGGAGGAGCAGGGUCCUGAGUAUGAGAGCGACAGCUCCAGUGACAGUGAGAGCGAGGACAACUUCAUGGUGCUUCCCCCUCGGGAUUACCUGGGCAUAGCCAUCUUCUCCAUGCUCUGCUGCUUCUGGCCCUUGGGCAUCGUUGCCUUUUACUACUCUCACAAGGCAAGGCCAUCGCUAAGGGAGACUUCUCCAGAGCAGGGAUGAGCUCCAGAAGAGCUCUAUUCCUGGCUGCGCUUUCCAUCACCAUUGGAACAGGGAUGUAUGUGGGGGUGGUUGUGGCCCUCAUAGCCUACCUGUCAAAGCCUGGACACGUAUAGCGCUGGGUUUGCUCGGGGGGAGAUUGAGAGAAAGAGAAGGCAGGAUGGGAGGAGAGGAAAAGACGAGGUUGGACACGGCUCCUGGAGGCAUGUGCCGGUGCUGCUACCUGGAUGUCUGUGAAGCUAUAUGAAGAUAAAAGACUAAACCAGAAAAGAAAAAGAUAAUAAGAUGUUUGGAAUAUAACUUGGACUGCACCUUGAUCUAGACUGAAUCUUUACUUCUGGGAUGCAACACUCCCACCAAGGUAUUCCACCACCACAAGAAGAAGAAAAGACAGCGCUAAGCAGGACGACUACUCCUCCACAAAGACUGUGCUGUACUAAUGUCAGAAAAAACUGAGCUCGUAUCAGUAAAGAACUACCUACCUUUUAUCACAUUAGUCGUUUACAGCAGUUUUAUUUUACCUUUAUAGUAGGUGUGUUCUCUGCCAAUACUAUUGCAGGUUGUGUAUUGUCCACUUUGUAAAAAUAAUUUAUUGGAAAAAGAGUCAGCCAGUGGGCUUUAAUGUCAUUAAACUUCAAGAAUUAUACCGUAAAUUGAUCCAGCCGGUAAACAGAAGUGGACCCUUAACAGAAAGAAAACAAAAGUGUACACAAAGUGUCUAAGCAGUGGUCAAGGGGGUUAUUUAUGUUUAUUGUGUGCUGUAAAGAACGUCAAUAAAUACUUUUGGCAUGAAUAAUGAAACAUCCUCUGCCAUGUCUCUCAUCCUCUUAUUCUGGAGUGUUAGAGCUGUGAGUCCCAACCAGGGGGGAUUUUACUUACUUGCAAAAUAGGAUUAACAUUUGGUGUGAUGCUGAUCUUUACUCAUAACCUGCCCAUGAACCCGAGCCAGUUGUAACACAUUGACACCGUGGUUGUGGUGGAAGAGUAAUUUUUGCUUAGGAAGGUUCCUAACCGAGUGAAAUGACCUGCAGGUACCAGAGUGUCAGUCAUGAUACGAGCUGGUCAAAAUGCUAAAGGAAAGGAGACGCAAUGCUUCCUUUCCGAUCUCCUUUAGCAUAGGGUAAACUGGACCAUCCAGGACAUAUCGUCCCACAUUUCCUUCCUUACAUUUAGAGUGAGGAACCAUUCCGCAGAUCAUGUAAGUUACCGUUGUUUAUUUAACCUUUUUCCAUAACUUGCUUGAAUGUUUAUGUUUUCAACUUUCAACUAUGAACAUUAUGCUAAUUACUGUUUACAUUGUAGCGUAACCGAUAUGGUUAGUUUGCAUUAGUUACUUGUACACAGAAAGAUACACUGUAAUAAAUAUGACAAACUGUGUGAAAGAAAAGACAAUUUCUUGAAUUAUUAAUGUGAAAGCCAUUAAUAGACUUUACAAAAUG